AUGACAAAAUUUAAUGAAACCUUGUAAUAAUUAGAUGAUGCAAAUACUGAAUUAGAACUUUGUGAUGAUGAAGAAAUAAUUUAAGUGUAAUAUGGAGAUUGUUUUUUUCAUAUAAAAACUAAUUAAGCUAAGGAAUACGUCGAAUAAUAAUAAUAGAAAAUAAAGGUUUAAGCAGAUAAAUAAUCGAAUGUUAUGAAUGAUUAAGAUAAAAAAAUGAAAAAAUUAAAAGCUGUUCUAUAUGCAAAAUUUGGUAACCAGAUUAAUUUAGAAGAAGAUUGA